AGACCACCUCACCACCCAGCUUUGGAGCCGUCCUCACCCGUCCCAUUCAUCUCUCCCCGCGUACAGGGCAGCAUUGACAUCCCCCCUUGGUCGUCUAGCACAUCCAUACCAUGUCAGCUCCAGCAACAGCAGGCCCAAAUGCAGACGGGCCGCCCCAGUAUGAUGCGGUCGUCGACGUGUGCGAGCCCACCAUUCUCAUACUCGCCGGGCAGUCCAUCCAUGCUGAAUCAGCUGACUCGGCGCCGCUCUACCAGCUUAACAGGGGUAUCGCAACCCUGACCCAUACAAGCCACAACGUCGAGUUACAGCGUGUCCAGUACAGCGUCAAGACGACGCCGGGCGGAGAGCCGGCCGUGAAACCUCGCGACAGGCACAUCUACAACCUCAGGCACGAGCACAAGGUCCCUGGCGGGUAUGACUCGUGGCCCUCGGAGUCGCCAAACUUCUACAUCGAGCCUGUGUCCAGCACCACCAAGGAGGCGGGGACCCUGGGGCUCAAGAGGUCGCGGUUCCCGGGGCGGAAACACUGGACGGUGCUGCGGGUUGACAAGUCCGGGAAGCACAGCAAGAAAGAUCUCGGCCUCCCGACCUUUUACAGGAAUACGAAACCGGUGUUUGAGAUCGACCACAAGAAGGGAGGCUAUGAGUGGACGGACGGGGAGGGCAAGGCCGUGGCUAUCGAGGACGAGGGGGAGGACACACACCGGCUGAUAGUCACGGCGUCGUUGCCACGCAAGACCUUGGAUGCGCUGGUGGCUAUGUGGUGCUGUCGCAUGUGGCAGUAUUCAGCAGACAACACGGAAAGCGUCUACCCUACCAUGCAAAACACAGUAAAGAGAAAGCUGAACCUUCAGAGAGAUUUUAUGAACAAUUAAUUAAUCAAGCCCGCCGCCAACCCGCGAAGCCCUCCCACGUCUUCCGCGGCACAUGGGCCGUUGUGCAAAACAACGUGCUCAGGCACCAGGCCAUCCUUAGCCGGGAUGGUGAGAAUCACCGUCUCAGUGGCACCCGGGAAUUGACUUCGAUGGCCUUGGGCGCUCACCGCAGCGGUAUCGGCAGCAAACGUGACCCCGAACUCGCCGCCGACCGCAUAAGCGCUAGUACUAUUGUCGGUCGGCAACGUGACGUAAGCCAGUCCCGAGAGGAAGAUGACCCAUCUGAAGGAUUUCAGUCUCGCGCAUAGUCUCGGUCCAGAGCAAAGGAAUGUUCAUCAUGGUUUGGGGUGAGGGGAUCGUGGGUCUUACUGGUUGAAAGGCGCGGUGUGGAGCCCGCCGUCAAAGGCGGCGGGUAUGACAGUGAAUGAGGCAUUUCCUACAUCUCCUAAUAGUGCCGUUGCGCUUCCGCGAAUACCCGGUGUUGCUGAGGAUGCGAAUGGACUGUCUAAUUGCCAGCACUCUAUGGUCGAUGCGUUAUUUGCCGCACCGGUGGCGGUGAUGUUCAAGCGCAGUGCCUGUGCUGCUCGCGCACCGAGGCCAAGAAUGUCGAGCAUUUGCAUAUUGGUGGUUUCUUUGUCCGACAGUUAUGUGACGAGAUGAAAGCUUGAGAGAACAUGAAUCUGGAGGCAAGGAGUCUUUUUCAACGCAUAGCGAACUUCUACAGAAUUGGCACUACAGUACCAGCCGGGAGCGUACAUCGUGACCAAUGACGGUGGCGCAUAUUAUGCAGCUUGGUACCUGGUACCUAGUCAUAGCCUGGUUAGAAUUCUGACACAAUAACACAUUUGAUGCGUCUAGCGCUAGGGCUGACCGUCACGGUGUGAGUAGCUGGCUUGGAAACACGAGAAACCAUUGGCACGUCAUCAGAUUCAAUGGUUGGUUACUGUAUGCGCAUCGUAAAGAUACCCGGCAUAUGCGAAACCACUAGUUUAAGGCUUGAGAUGGAAAAAAAGGACACGCACAUUAUUAGGGUAGCGCCG